CUCGCUCUUCGAUUGCUCGCCAUGACUGCCAGUACCAUGUCCUCCUCCCUCGACAUCACUCGACUCUCACUCAAACACAACCAAGACAUCUUCACCAUCUUCUGCUGCAACGACAGCUUCCAACUCGCACUCGACUUGAACACAAUCAAGACCCUCCUUCGAGUAUGCAAACGAGCCCAGUCUCUCCUGAGCUUCAAGGUGCCUCACUUCCACAGGUGGUGUCAGAGUGCAGGAUUGUGCCAUCCAGACGGCCAGCUACGGAUCGGCCUCACACCGAGCGACCAGAUUGCCCUCUCGCUGCACUGCGAGGAUCAAGCCACAGCCGACCGAUCCUGGCUGGAAGAUCGGGCAGAGCAGGGCAAUGCUGCCGCCUCCUACUUCUUGGCACGGAUUCUUCAAGUCGAUCUCGACAAGCAGCAGUCUGCGGAUGAAUCUGACCGGGUGACUACCCAUAAUCAAAUCGUCCGCCAUCUUAAGAAUGCAGCUGAAGUUGAUCAUUCCAUGGCACAGCUCGAACUGGCCGAGUGUUAUCGCAACGGUCAUGGAGUCGACCAAGACCACACCAAAGCCACCGAGCUGUACCGCAGUCUUGCAGAUCGCGGAAUCUCUCAGGGCCAAAUCGCUCUCGGCGGUUGCUAUGAGGGCGGUGAAGGCGUCGAUCAAGAUUACAACAUAGCCAUCGAGUGGUACUCCAAGGCUGAAGAUCAAGGCAGCGAAGAUGGUCGACUCCACAUCACGUUCCUGCGAGCCUGGUUCUCGUUCAUUGGACACGGCACCGAACAGAGCGAUGCUGAUGCCCUCGCUCGCUGGCAGGAAGUCGCCACCCAGUCCACCGAUCCAGUCAUUAAACCCAUCGCCACCCACAUGGUCGGCUGGAUGCACUACCUCGGCCGAGGAACUGAGCGAGACGAACAGAGGGGUAUCAAGAUCAUCCGAGACAACCAAUCGGACGAGUUCAAACUCGGAGAGUCGGAAUGUCUCGCAUCGGUUUGGAACAACAUCAAGUCCGACUCACGCACAGCCUGCAAGUUCUUCAAUCUCUGUCAGCUCGGAUCGGACCGAAACUGGUUGUGCAGACAUCUCAUGGCUGUGUGUGUGUUCUUUGGAUUCGGAACUACUGAGGACCGAACAAAGGCAGCAGGAAUCUUUGAACCGCUCGCCGAUGACGGACACAGCGACAGCCAGUUCUGGAUCGGAAGCUGCUAUCGAUGCGGCGGGGGAGUAUCGAGGGACUGGAAAAAGGCAUUCGAGGGGUACAGCAAGUCGGCCGACCAAGGCAACUCGUACGGGCAGUGGAUCGUUGGUUGUUGCUGCUACAAUGGACAUGGAGUCACCAGGGACUACGCCAAAGCACUUGAAUGGUUCCGCAAAUCGUCUGAGCAAGGCAAUCGAUACGGGCAAUGGUGGCUCGGUAACUGCUACCAACUUGGUCGCGGUGUCCCUGAGGACAUCGACACCGCCAUCUCCUGGUUCCGCAGGUCCGCCGACCAGGGUCAUGAAUCGGCCUUCAAGGAACUCGAAAGGCGGCCAUGAUCCCCGAGUCGCUCCCGAUUGUCACAUUCCAAGAGCCAGGUGACAGCACUGACCAUACAAGCAGAGCAGAGCAGCCAAGCAAUCCCGCCUUCUGCAUCCCUGAGUCUGAAAUACCAAACAGCGAG